GUGAUUUUACAAUGUAACAAAUGUAUACCAUCGAAUGUUCAUUAUAAAUUAAGUUUAUUUAUAGUGACAAUGUCACUCAAGUUUUAACAAUUUUUAACAAAAAAUAUCACGUGUCAUGGCGUACGUUAAACAUGGUUCAAAGCGCUCCGCGCAAAAUAAAAAAAAUUCACCUUUAAACACGCCCGUGAAAGAAAGUCGGUCAAAAAUGCCUAGGGUUAGUGACACACCAAUGAAGAAGGAAGAGGAAAACCCAAAAAAAACAAUAAAUAUGGAAGAUAUAUACGAAAUGAUGGCUGCCAUGAGUGAGAAGCUUAAGAAGCUAGACAAGCUUGAUAUGAUUGAAGAAAGAAUUAAGGGGAUAGAAGACGAAUUAAAAUCAGUUAAACACUCUGUCGAGUUUGCGCACGAUGAAAUUGAAGAUAUCAAGAAAGCCAAUGAGCGUACGGUUGAAAUCGACAAGAAAACGCAGGAAAGAUUGAUAGAGUUAGAGGCGACAAAUACUAAAUUACUGAAUAGCGUUAUUGAUCUCAAGGCGAGAUCAAUGCGCUACAAUUUAAUAUUUUAUAACAUUAAUGAGAAAGAAGGCGAAAAUACAACAAGCCUUAUUCAUAACAUUCUCGAAGAGCACUUGGGUAUUGAAAACGCAUCAAUUAACGUUAAAAUUGAUCGUUCUCAUCGCAUGGGAAGCAAAAAAUCUGAUACAAAACCGCGGCCAAUAGUGGCUAAAUUUAACUACUACCAACAUCGGGAGCAGGCGAGGCUUAAUGCAAAGAAGCUUAAAGGGACGGGAAUUGCUAUUACCGAGCAAUUUCCAGAAGAAAUCGCGAGAAUUAGAAAGAGCCUUUAUCCAGAACUGAAGAAGGCGAAGUCAUAAUGCCACAGCAAAUCGUAAAUAAAUGCUCCUCAUGCCUUGAGCUUAUCGAAAAACAGCAAAAGCAUAUAGAAUGCCUUGCAUGCCGGAAAUGUUUUCAUGCGGAUAUUUCAUGCGUAAAAUCGCUAAUAAAAAUAUUGACAUAUGCCAAAUUUGUUUAAAUGAUACUCUGCCAUUUCAAACCCUUUCAAACGAGGAAUAUGUAUUAGAUGCAAGCAAAAGUAACUUGUCAGAGGAACAUAUGGAUAGACUAAAUCAGCUCAAAUUUAAUCCGUUUAAUUUCAACAGCG